CAACGAAAGCCAUCUAUAAUCAUGGCUGACCGUCUUAGAGUCGAGGCUGCUUCCCUCACGAUGUACGCGUCUUACUACGAGGACUUGGCCACCUUGGUGGAGAGCACCCCCGUGGAGGCCUUUGCUGCCUCCAACUUCAUCUCUCAGUUCCGCAGGACUCAGGACAAGUUGGCCGACGCCAUGAAGCCCAGGAAGAGGAAGGCCGACGGCGAGCCUCACGCCCCCUCCGCGAAGUGGACUCCUGAGAGCACCGAGGCGCUGAAGAAGGCCAUUGGGAAGCACGGUAACGAGAGCUGGAAGGAGGUCGUCACUGAGUUGAAGGGAGAGUACACCAAGACUCAGGUCUACGAGAAGGCCAGGAGGUUGGGCUUGACCAAGCCCGUUGCGAAGAAGGAGAACGACACUGCUGAGGAUAACGGCGACAAUGAGGAGGGAAGUACUACUGGAAGCGACAGUGACUCCGAGAGCGACCCUGACGCGUAAAAGACGCGUUGAAUGACGUCGAGAUGGUGUUAUGAUAAUGGCGUAAGAUCGAGUGUUUGGGUAUUUUAAGGCAUGGAAAACGGACAAGGCUUAAUCAAGAUACUUUACGGAACAAAAUGAGACAUAAUCCUAUACCUCCUGC